AUGGAUAAACCUACUAAGAUAGCUCCAACUACAUACAGCAGAUGCUAUGCAAUUGGCUAUAAUAUAUCCUCAAGGGACUGUCUGCUGAAGUUUAAGAAUUUGCCUGCAGGUAUAAAAAGCCAGUUGCAUAUUUACCGCAACGUCUGUGUAACGGCCAGCUAUCUCACCAACAACGACGAAGAGCUGAUCCCGGCGCUGUUCCGCGCGCUUGCUAUCGUGGUUGAAGAACACCCAAUUCUAUCCGCAACACUAGUGGACGCCGACAAAAACCCCCGAUUUGUUCGUCUCGACAGUGUCGAUCUUGAAAGAAUUGUCACCUUCCUCGACUAUGCGGACAAGGUCCCUGUACCCGGAGAUGCUUCUCUGGAUGUAAUUCUGGAGCGCCAGCACAAUGUUUCGUUCAAAUAUGACGAGCCAACAAGUGUGCUCUGGAGAUUGGCCGUGCUUUACAGCUUGAAGGACCGUAGCGAGUUUACCCCACCCGAGGCAGCCUGGAGCGGAGCAGUACAGACAACGCCGGUUCAUACACGGUUUUCAUCGUUGGUGCUCAGUCCAGCACUCAUCGCCGGCUUGAAGCGCCAGUGCGACUUGCACAGCGUCUCCUUGACCGCGCUGUUGAUGUCGAUCACAGCAAACGCUCUUUUCCAUGUCCUUCCCUCGGAAUACACUUUUCUCUGGGGAGACUGCGCAGUGUCAUUGCGUCCAUUUUUGUCCUCUUCAAUUACCGAAAGGUCACUUGGGUGCUACGUUGGUUCAUUCAGUGAGAGGUUCGAAAGAUUCAAUGUGUCAAUCUGGGAUGAUUCAAAACGGACCAAGUCAACCAUUGACAAUCUGAGAAAGACAAACGGUAAAGAUAUGCCGGUCACUUUUCUACAAGAAGUCUCUGAUAUGUGCGAUAUGAGAGAGUGGUUGUCUGAAAAGAUGGGAAAGAGGCGAUGGGCCGCCUGGGAAUUGAGCAAUGUCGGAACACUUGCACAGGCGGGGGCGCCAGAGAGAGCCAAGUGCCAAAUUAAGACCUUGCUGUUUAGCCAAAGUGCUAGUGCAUGCUCUGGCGCAAUCAAGAUCAGUGUUGCGACGGGGCGAGAUCAGAGGAUGACGCUUGGAUUUUCGUGGCAAGAGGACGUGGUUGAGAAACCUAUUGUUGCCGAGCUUAUCCAAGAGAUGAAUAGGCUUGUCAUACAAACAGCAAACAAGUGCUGA